CGGUCACACUAUCGGGCGCCAAAUGGCGAAUAAGCGAAAUAUAAGCAAUAAAAGAAAUUUAGAUUUGACAAAUGCAUCUGGCGGAAGCAAUGCGAAGCGCCACUGCAGCGAGAACCUCUUUUGGCCAGAGGGCGACGACGACGACAGCUUCUUUUCAAAUGCAAAACUGGAGGAUUUGCUGGGUGAGCGGAAGGAGGACCUCUUCGGAACGCAGGCAUCAACAAGCAACAAGUUGCAGAAAAGUGGUUCGGAUGAAGGGCUGGAACUCUUCGGAGACACAUCCUUUCCAGACAUUCAGGAAUUACCACCAAAUAGACCCUCCAAAUUCAAAAAUGCUGGGAUUGGUAAUGAUCAUAAUAAAAUUGAUAUGUCAGACGAGGAAAACGCGGAUGAGGUGUUUAAGAAAAUCAACCUCAACGAUCUGAGCAUUGCCGAAAUGGAAGAUAUUUUUCAUGGCACCGAAGACUUUAGUGAACCCAUGAUCCAAAAUACACAGCUCUUUUUGGAGGCAGUGAAUUUUAAAGUGCCCAGAACUCCAGAGAAGCUUCAGCACGCUGUUAAGGACGAGUCCAUGUCCUUUAUCUCAAAAUCUGUGAUAGAGGGCAUAGUACAGGGCACUCAGUACGUGACCUCUGAGGAGCUGAAAAACCAUUCUAUUUUAGAUCCAGUCAAUUGGGAGACGCAGGCUUUUGCAGACUUUGAAAAGGAACAGCAAAACAAGAACAAAUUUCCCAGCAAGGGCGAAUUUUAUGGCCUCCCCGAUAAGGUCAAAAAGAUGAUCCUCGAACACAAGGGCAUUAAGAGUCUUUAUGAAUGGCAGGACGAGUGUCUGAAUCUACCUGCGAUCAGGCAGCGAAAGAAUCUUAUCUAUGCCCUGCCCACGAGUGGUGGAAAAACCCUAGUUGCGGAGAUCCUUAUGCUGCGAGAACUUCUUUGUCGCGAACGCAAUGUGUUGUUUAUCCUGCCAUAUGUGUCGAUUGUCCAAGAGAAGGUAAGCGCCAUGUCACCGUUCGCCAUCGACUUGAAUUUCAUUGUUGAGGAGUACACAGCCGGCAAGGGCAAAUGUCCGCCGCAGCCGCGUCGCAAGAGACGCAGCCUGUUCAUUGCAUCAAUUGAAAAGGGUGCGGUUCUCAUGGACAGUCUGAUAGAUGUACAACGUCCCCAUGAAAUUGGUCUUGUGGUUGUGGAUGAACUGCACCUAAUUGGUGAAAAAGGCAGAGGCGCCACCUUGGAGGCAUUUCUUACAAAAGUUAUGUUUUUAAAUGCCAACAUACAAAUUGUCGGCAUGAGUGCCACAAUAGGAAACCUAAACGAAAUAUCAACCUUUCUGAAUGCCGAUGUCUACACAAGAGGCUUUCGACCAGUGGAACUGAAGGAGUACAUAAAAUGUGGUCCAGAUUUGUUGGAAAUCAAUUCGGCAGGACAAACGCUUGAGGAGAUAUUCGUCCCCAGUCGCAGUGUUAAUUACAAUUAUAGCGAAGCUGUGAAACGUGCGGAUCCUGACCACUUGGCUGGGUUAAUCAGCGAGUGUGCCCCGGAACACUGUUGCCUCGUUUUCUGCCCGACUCGCAAGAACUGUGAGAAUGUGGCCCUUCUUCUCAGUCGCAUUCUGCCGAAGCAAAAGUUCUUUGAGCAUCGGCGCAAGGAGAAGGUGGAUCUAAUGGAUGCCCUGGAUAAAAUGUGUGGCGUACUUAGCCCGGUGUUGGCAAAAACUCUGCCCUUUGGCAUUGCAUAUCACCAUUCGGGGUUAACAACAGAUGAGAGGAAGUACAUAGAGACUGCCUAUCGCUUCGGAGUCGUCACAGUCAUCUGUUGUACCUCCACUCUAGCAGCGGGCGUGAACCUCCCGGCCAAGCGGGUUAUCAUACGAGCUCCCUAUGUGGGCCAGGAGUUUAUGACUUUGUGCAAGUACAAGCAAAUGGUGGGACGCGCUGGUCGCGCCGGAUUGGGAGAAGCUGGAGAGAGUAUUCUGAUAGCACAGAGCAAAGAUAAUCUGCAGGUCGGCCAAAUGCUUUUCUCACCUAUGGAUAAAGCCCUAAGUUCAAUGGAUCAGAUGGAAGCAGUCGGUUUGCAAUCCCUGAUAUUAAGCGUAGUUGGUUUGAACCUAGCAGAAUGUCGACGGGACUUGAAUCGGCUCGUAAAGAGCACCCUUUUGUCUGUGCAGGCAAGCGCCCUGGAAGUGGCGGUGGAUGAUAUAGUGCUCCGAAUUCUUCGCGAGAUGUUCAAAAACAAGGUUUUGCAACUAGCCGAACCAACUGCCAAAUGUAAGGUGAACUCUUCAGAGAUAAUAACAACGCAGGAUGUGAAUCAGACCAAUCGACCUGGCGAGAGACGUUUACUUAUAAGUCAGUCCACUCAAUUUAAGUUAACCAGCAUUGGAAGAGCUGCCUUCAAAGCGGGUAUUGAUUACAAACGGGCGAGUGCCAUCCACAAGGAACUAAAGCAGGCGCAGCAGCAGCUCAUCCUAACCAACUACUUCCAUUUACUGUAUUUGGUUGUGUGCUUCAACUCAAAUGAAAGAGGCGACGAAUUGUUUCCGGCCGAUGCUGGCAUCCUUGUGGGAGUAUACACAUCGCUUCCACUUGAUUCUCAGGCUCUGUUUAAGCAACUUGGUUUCACAGAAGCCCAUGCAGCCAGGUUAUUCAAGACGCAAUCGGUCCAGGGACCUUUGUCCCUGCAGCUUAAUCGCCUCUACAAAGUCUUGAUCUUGUCGGAUAUAUUAAAUCUCCUGCCAAUUCCCAAUGUGGCCACCAAGUAUAAUGUGGAACGGGGAACUCUGCAGCACCUGAUCAGCCAGUCUGUAGCCGCCUCAAGUGCCAUAGUUCGUUUGUGCGAGGAACUGGAAGAGUUCUGGUGCUAUAAACCAUUGUUUGAGCGGAUCUUGCACAAAAUGGAUCGCUGCAGCACUUAUGAGCUGGAGCCGUUAAUGGAACUGCCAGCAGUCAAAAUUAAUCGCGCCAAGCAAAUGUAUGCAGCAGGAUUUAGAACCAUUGAGGAUGUAGCCAAAAUAAAACCCAUGCUCUUGGUGCAAUCUUUGGAACACAUGCCUCUUCGAGUGGCCACGGAAAUUGUCUCGGCAGCUAAGAUUAUUUUAAUGAAAAAACUUGAUAAUCUGGAGGAGGAAACGGAGAACCUGAAGAUGUGCCUGCAAACCAAUUAGCAAUCAGCGAUGCCAAGAAAAACACUACUUUCAGUACGUUUUUAAUUUAUUUCGGUUUUUGUUUUGAUUGUUAUGCACUCCGACUUAAGUCUUGGAUCUGGGCUCUCCACAACGAACACGAUCUCCGACAAAACUUAAAUAUUAUCGACAACUUGUAUGCGAAUUGCAAUUUUAAAUUAACACAUUAAGUUUUCACUCUCUCUAAAUGUACAUUAAAGAUCGA